UCUUUCCCUUACUAAUAUUUUUAUACCAGGUUUCAAGUUAUAUGAACAAUACAAUUGGAACCAAUGUACUUCUUGCACAUGAUCUGGGGACACAGAAUUACUGGUACUGGAUUGGGGUUGGUGUUUUAUUGGCUUACGCCCUCUUGUUCAAUGUUUUGUUUACUCUUGCAUUGGCAUACCUUAACCCCCUUCAAAAGGCACAGGCACUAAUCCUAGCUAACUCCGAGGAAUCCAAAGAUUUGAAAAUUGCCGGUGCUACCUCCGAUAGAAACACAACUACAGAAAAAUGUAACAGGACCAAUGUGCUUGAAGUGAGCACUGAAGGCACCAGAAGGAAGGGGAUGUUACCAUUUCAACCCAUAACCAUGACGUUCCACAAUGUUAACUAUUUUGUUGACAUGCCAAAGGAAAUGAAAGCAAGAGGAAUAACUGAAAAAAGACUGCAGUUGUUGUUUGAAGUAAGCGGAGUAUUUAGGCCACGUGUCCUGACUGCACUCGUUGGCUCAAGUGGUGCUGGAAAGACAACACUUAUGGAUGUUUUAGCUGGCAGAAAAACUAGUGGGUGUAUAGAAGGUGAUAUCAAGAUUUCUGGCCAUCCAAAAGAACAACAAACCUUUGCUAGGAUAGCGGGAUAUGUUGAACAAAAUGACAUACAUUCACCACAAGUAACAGUUGAAGAGUCCUUGUGGUUUUCAUCAGCCUUGCGGCUUCCAAAUGACAUAAGUAGAGAAACAAAAAAGGCAUUUGUUGAAGAAGUCAUGUCAUUGGUAGAGCUGGAUGAAUUGCGACAUGCAUUAGUAGGGAAACAAGGUUCUAGUGGACUUUCAACGGAGCAAAGGAAGCGUCUUACAAUAGCUGUUGAACUAGUUGCAAAUCCAUCCAUUAUUUUUAUGGAUGAACCUACAUCUGGUUUGGAUGCACGAGCAGCUGCCAUUGUGAUGCGCACUGUUCGAAAUGCUGUUGAUACCGGACGAACUGUCGUCUGCACGAUACACCAGCCAAGUAUCGAUAUUUUUGAAUCAUUUGAUGAGCUACUACUUUUGAAACGAGGAGGUCGAGUAAUAUAUGGAGGUUCACUUGGUGUUAACUCAAUAGAUAUGAUUCAUUAUUUUCAGGGAAUUCCUGGAGUCCCUCCCAUACGCGAAGGCUACAACCCAGCAACAUGGAUGCUUGAAGUGAGCACACAAGCGUGUGAAGAAAGGCUUGGUUUAGAUUUUGCAACGGUGUACAAGAACUCAGAUCAGUUCAGGAAUGUGGAAGAUUUAAUAGAAGAACUAAGUGUUCCGGAUUCAGGCUCAAAACCUUUAAAGUUCACAACUGAGUUUUCACACGGUUGUCUUAUUCAAUUUGGAGUAUGCCUACGUAAGCAAGGCCUUAUUUACUGGAGAAGCCCUGAGUACAAUGUCGUGAGAUUGUUUUACACAGCAAUAGCUUCUCUUAUAUUUGGUUCAAUAUUUUGGAACGUUGGGAUGAAGAGAGAAACAACCGGGGAUUUGUAUCUUGUCAUGGGAGCUUUAUAUUCGGCAUGCCUAUUUCUUGGAAUAAAUAAUGCCUCGUCAGUACAGCCUAUAAUUUCCGUUGAGAGAGCAGUCUACUACAGAGAACGGGCUGCUAAGAUGUACUCAUCAUUCCCAUAUGCAGCAGCUCAGGGCCUUAUAGAGAUACCUUAUAUUGCGACUCAGACACUAAUAUUCGGUCUCAUCACUUACUUCAUGAUCAACUACGAGAGGAACCUAGGGAAAUUGCUCCUUUACCUCCUUUACAUGUUCCUUACUUUUACCUACUUCACAUUCUAUGGGAUGGUGGCGGUAGGUUUGACGCCAACACAAUCAGUGGCAGCAGUGGUAGCCUCAGCAUUUUACUCCUCAUGGAAUCUUUUCUCUGGGUUCCUAAUUCCCCAAUCUAGAAUACCAGGUUGGUGGAUCUGGUUCUACUACAUCUGCCCAGUGGCCUGGACCCUGAAAGGCAUCAUUACAUCGCAAUUGGGAGAUGUCGACACGAGGAUCGUGGGUCCUGGUUUUGACGGGACAGUCCAACAGUUCGUCCAGCAAAACCUGGGAUGUGAACAGGGGAUGACGGGUGUCACUAUUGCAGUGCUCAUUGCCUUCUGCGUCUUAUUCUUUUCAGUUUACGCGCUUUCGAUCAAGAUGCUUAAUUUCCAAAGAAGAUAACUGCCCUCUGUAUACGAGACAUUAUAAUUUCAAGGCUGGUGUCGACACCAUACUCUGUUUCUUGGUGGUUUGCAAAUACUAGGUGGAUGAAGCACCAAUGAAGUUGGUACUACGUGCUGUCUGAAGAAAGGGAAGGAGACAAACAGUUGGUAAAGGUUACUACAAGUGUACAGCGAGAUGCAAAUUAGAAAUUGCGUGGAAUGUACGUACAUGCAUGCUGUGUAUUUUGGAAGGAUGGUAACGUUUAAUCUUUCUGAACAUAUUAUGAAAAAUUUCACGGUUAGGGUGCCAUGGACCAUGGUACGACAA